UUGAGUACGGCACCGUUUCCGUUCAAUUAAAAGUUCCAGAACGUCAAAACAUACUGAAUGCAGCCCGGGUUCAUUGAUCCGUCCCCCUUUUUUUGUUGACGUGUUCUAGUGAAGUGUAGGCUGAAGUUCAGUGUCCACAGCCGGUAUUUGGCUAAUUGAAUGGGGUAUAAAUGACACCGUCGCUCGUGUUAUACGGCUUUGUCAAUUUGGCGUAGAAAGUAAUCGCGUUCAAAACUCUAAAAGGAGGCUAGUAGACAGGUUGCUGGAGAAGCAGAGCCAGCGUUCAAGUUAACGUUAGCUAACUAGCAAGUUUAUUAGGUAGCUAGCAAGAUAGGGACAUAUUGUCCUCUCCUGGGUAGUCACGAUAACCACGAUGAAGGAUCCUCUCGAGUAGUCGACUACGUUGAUCAGUUGGUGAAACAAGGAUUUUCGGAUUUCCGCAAGCGAGUUGCAUUGUACGUCACUAGCCAAGCUAACUAGCUAGCCUAGUUAACAUCAGAUAGCCAGCUCAGCUGUCAAACUAACGUACGGUAGCGUCGCGAUGGAUUCGGAAGAAACAACCCCUUUACCCACGUUGCCCCUGAUGACAGAAUCUGAUCAACUGUCUGUCUUCUACGUAUUAUUUCUAACGGAACUUCAAUAUAUGGUCACCUGCCUGCCAGAGCAAUGGAAGCCAGGUCCAGACUUCUACGGCGUGUCCUGGGAACCCGUGCUGGUCACUGCAGGUGCCGGGGUCAUCGGCUUCCUCUUCCUCUUCUGGAGGAGCAUUCUAUCUGUCAAAAGCAAGUCAUAUCUAACUACUGAAAAAGAGAUGACGGACAGGAUGGAAAGGCUUGAACAAGAGAAGAAGGAGAUACUCCAAAAGGUCGCUGAACUGCAGCAACAGGGCGAAGAACUUAAAGAAAAGCAAAAGCAAUCUGAGAAAUCUGCCACUUCAUCUCUGGAGAAGAUCCAGGAACUGGAGAAUAUUGUGCAAGAGAUGGAGAGACAAAAUGAGCGCCUGGACGAGGAAAAUAACUUACUCGCCAGAUCCUUUGACGAUGAGCGAGCCAAUACUGCGAAACAUGAAGAUGUGAUGUCUGAAAUGGACAAAACCAUUGAGAAGUUGAAGUGCAGCAGGAAGAAGACCCAGGACGCACUCUCAAAGGCUACCAUUCUGAUGGAUGAAGCCAAGCUCCGUGAAGAUGCCCAGAAAGUCCAGCGCCAGGUUCUGGAGAAGGAUAUUGCCACCCUGAAGGAGGAGAACCUCUCACUGCACCAUGCUGCCAAGUUGUGGGAGGAGAAGCACAGGGAGAUGAGCGAGCAGAUCAAAGUCUACCAGAAGUCCCAGAAAGACCUGGAGGAUUCCCUCGUUCAGAAGGACCACAACGUUGAGGUUUUGUCUGACCUGCUAGGAGACCUGGAGGCCUGCGAUGACCUGAAAGAUGGAGUUGUGACUAACGGGGAAGCUUCUAAUGACAAGCAGACCGUCAUCCAAAACCGCAUUAAGCAAAUGAUGGACGUCUCUCGGGUCCAGACCACUCUGUCUGUCGUGGAGGAAGAGCGCGAUCGCUUCAUGACCAAGCUGCUGAACGAAGAGAAGGCCAGGAAAGAGCUGGAAGAACAAUAUCAGCAGCUGGAGCAUGACAUCUUGUUGGUGAAAAGUGACAGGAACCACCUGGAGAACCAGUACAACACCCUGCAGCAGAAGAACGAGAUCAUGACCGAGAUGUACCAGCAGAAGGAGAAUGCUUUGCAGCAGAAGCUGACCAAGGAGGAGUUUGUGCGCCGCAACAAGGAAGACAUGCUGACAGUGGUGGACGGCAAGGCCCUAGAGGCCGAGGAGGAGGUCAAGGUAUAUAGGCAGCGCAUCAAAGAGAUCCAGGACGAGCUGAAACGGACCGAGAAGUCCUACAAAGCCCAGAUGAUUGAGCAGGAGCAGAAAUCCCACGAGAGCUGGGUGAUUGCACGUGCUGCUGAGCGAGCUCUGUUGGACGAGAAGAAGGAAGGAACUAACCUUCGUAACAAACUGACUGACAUGUCCAGCAAGCUGAAUGAGCUCCGUAGGCCUCUGUUCAAGCCCACCCCUGGGAUGGCUCCCAUGCCUCUCCGACGAGGACCACGACCUCCAUCUGACCCUCACGGCCGUUACCCUCCUGACCACAAACACCCAGUGGCUGCUAGACCUGACACAAUGGCCCCACGUACAUCCUCACUAAGCAAUCUGGACUGCUCGCAGACCACUACACUAGAGUCAGAGUCACAGGCUGAGGCCCAGGCCUCCACAGAGAACCUAGAGGCAAACUCUCGACCUCAGGGUCCUGGCUCCCUCCUGGUCUCUCCCAUCAGCUCCCCCCCCGACUCAGGCCCCGGCCCCCUCAGACCAAUCAUCAGCUAUCCCUCUGGACUCUGCUACCGUCCCCCUCCCGGCCCCGGCCCCCACCACAUCCCUCCUCCCCCACCCCCACCCUUCAUGCCUCCCGUGUACCGACCAGACAACGGACACUCAGGCAUGAUGCCUCCCGGACCCCCACCGCCUAACGGACACCCGCCUGGUCCCAUGAUCUCACCCGAAUAUCGGCCUCCACCACCUGGUGCUUCCCCACACAACCGGUGCCCUCCUCCACCUUCUCACUAUGGACCGGUGCCUCCCCCAUUCGGUGUUUCCAGCGGCACUCCUAUGGCCCGACCCAUGGGACCCCCACGUACCUACGUGCACUAUGGACCACGUGAUCAUUCCAUCCCACCCCAGCACCUGCCCCCUUGGGCGGCCCCAUACCCUCCUCACGGCGGCCCCAGAGACUUCCCUGGGCAGCCCCCCAUGCAGCCACAGGCCCCCCAUGGCCAUGACUCUUCUGUGGGCCCCCAGCCCGGCAUUGGCUCCCAGGGCCAGGGGCAAGAAUACAGCUCCCAGCAGGCAACAGCUGCCCCCCAGGACUCAGUCAGCUCUGCCAUGGCAGAGCCUUAGACACCCACCAACCGUUAACGACCCGGCUACAUUUAAUCAACCACGAUUCAUCUCUUUAUUUUUCUUAAAGUAUCUUUUCUUAAAGUAUCUUAAAUGUUAGUGUUCCUAUUAAAGCAUCAGAAAAUCAAUGUCUUAUGUUUCGUAUGUUUGAGUAGUGACUGAGGCUUGCCACUCUGCAAGAAGGCCUAUUGUGCAAUAACAUUUAUAUUGUAUGACUGAGGAUUUUCAGUUUUUAAAAGGGUAUUAUGUUGGUUUUGUAUUAAUUUCACAAUGUUAUCAUGGUUUCCUAUGGAAAUUAUUAAAAAUAAAGGGGCCCCAAGCUUUUGGGUUGCUUGCACUGGUUCUAAUCCCCGAGCCGACUAGGUGAAAAAUCUGUUGAUGUGCCCUUAAGCAAGGCACUUAACCCUAAUUGAUCAUGUAAGUCGCUCUAGAUAAGAGCGUCUGCUAAAUGACUAAAAAUGUUUUAAAAAAUGUAUCAAUCAUUUCAGAAGUACCGUAUUAUCUUAACUCUUCCCAAAACAGUCUCUUCAGAAUGAACUGAAAAGGAAGGUUGUGUAAAUUGAUAGUCAGAGAUGUAUUUACUAUUCUUAGGAUAUUUUAUUAAUAAAGCUGGUAAAAAGUACUGCAGUUAUGUUAUCUAUUGUUCAUAUGAAGCAUAUGACAACUCUUCAGAUCCAUUUUAGUUUAAAGGAAAUGUCUGAUAGUGCUCAAUGUAUUUGUUUUGUAUGGAUAGCUAUAUUACAUGUGAAAAGCCAUUAAUCACCCACUAACUGAACACCUGUCAUAUUACCUUCACAUUUGUUUGUCUUUUUUUUGUUCUUAUGUUACAUCAGGGAUGCAUCACAUUUGUCAAUUUAUUUUCAAGUAAAAAAAGAACCUGAUAUUUCUUGCACAUGAUUAAAGACUGUAUUUGCAUUACAUUUAUAUCAUUGCGCUCAGAUAAUGUAUGCUUUGGUGAGAAAUAUUUGUUUAACUCUGAGUAGGUCCCAGAGCGUUUCUUUGUACCCACAGACAAUAUUUACUGCUACCAAAACACUUUACUGAUUUGAUUAUUAAUGGCAUAUCUGGAAUGUUAUGAUGUACACUGUUAUCAAGGCUGUCAAAUGAUUGUAUAGUUGGCCUCUGCUCUGCCUUAUACAGUAUGUGAAGCCAUAAAUGGAGUUACUGAAGGUUAA